UGCUCUCUUAGCGCACGUCCAACCGGAAGCCCAACCGAAACGCGCUCGCACACUCCAUCUUGUGUGUAGGUGUAAGUUUUCGCUGUACGUGUGUGCCAGUGCUUCCCCAUUCCAAUCAGAACGCACACAUACACUAGCAGACACAGUGCGACAAGGAGUCCCCGUCGAAUGUGAAAUUCCUUGCCUUCAGUUGGAUUCCGAACGUUUAUGCGCGACACGCGAAACGCAGCGAAUGAAGCGAGCGAAACGCGAAUUGCCGUCGCCAAAAAGCAAACAGUGAUCUAUAACCAAAACAGCUAACAUCCAUCAAUCGAAAACUGGAAAGCUCACCGUUCCAAUAGCCGCAUUUUGAUUAAUUAAACGGGUUUCGCGUCUCGCAUCCGCUGUUCCAUUGGCCAUCUAGCCGUCAAUAUAAAAGUGUAUUUGUGAGUGGAUCUGUGAUCUUCGCCUUUUUUCGGAAUCCAUCAGUUGUCUGCGGUGUGAUUUGUGGCGCUUUUGUUUAGGCACCAGCAUUCAAAAAUCAAAUCAAACCGAGCACACAAAACAAAAACUCACAAAACAUUCGCUGUGAAAACAAUAAAUGCGAUUUAAAAGCAGUUUACAUUUUUGUUUAACCACCCAACAAAAAGGCCAUUAAGCGCCAUAACUGCCAAUUGGCAUACGAAUCUUGAUUAGCAUAUAUCAAACAAAGCAAUUGGAGAACAGUAGAGGAAUCAAUCGGAGGGGAAGAGACAGAUAUUCGCUGUUAAUCCCAAAUUAGUCCACAUCGGAUCAGCAGUCGACACGCGACUAUCCGCAUUUCAGCGGUGACCAGCAAAACGUGACGCUGCCGGUUGCCUCCGCAUCCACAUCCGUAUUCGAAUCCGCUUCUGCCAGCCACGCCGCCGCCGUAAAGAUGUACCACAGCAGCGCCGUAGCGGCAUACACGGACCUGGCUGCCGCCGGGAGUGCGGCUAGCGCCGGAGUCGGAGUCGGGGUGUCCGGCUACCACCAGCAGGCCGUAAACGCUCCGGUUUACGUGCCCUCCAACCGCCAGUACAACCACGUGGCCGCGCAUUUCGGCAGUGCUGCGGCGCAGAAUGCCUGGACCACGGACAGCUUCGGAUCGGCACACGGCCAGCUGCCGGCGCAGUUUUACUCGCCCAACGCCGUGAUGAUGGGCUCCUGGCGCAGUGCCUACGAUCCGUCGGGCUUCCAGCGAUCCUCGCCCUACGAGAGCGCCAUGGACUUUCAGUUCGGCGAGGGACGCGAGUGCGUCAACUGUGGCGCCAUAUCGACGCCCUUGUGGCGACGGGAUGGCACUGGGCACUACCUGUGCAACGCCUGCGGACUGUACCACAAGAUGAACGGGAUGAACCGGCCGCUGAUCAAGCCCAGCAAGCGCCUGGUGAGUGCAACUGCUACCAGGAGGAUGGGCUUGUGCUGCACCAACUGCGGCACCCGAACGACAACCCUGUGGAGGCGCAACAACGACGGCGAGCCAGUGUGCAACGCCUGCGGCCUGUACUACAAGUUGCACGGUGUGAACCGACCACUGGCCAUGCGCAAGGAUGGCAUCCAGACCAGGAAGCGGAAGCCCAAGAAAACGGGCAGCGGAUCGGCGGGCGGAACGGGCACUGGUUCCGGAUCGAGCUCCACUUUGGAGGCCAUCAAGGAGUGCAAGGAAGAGCAUGAUCUCAAACCCUCGCUGAGCCACAGCCUUGGUAAGCUGCACACGGACCUAAAGACCACCACCGGCAGCAGCAGCACUCUGAUGGGACACCACAACGCCCAGCAGCAACAGCAGCAGCAGCAGCAGCAACAACAGCAGCAGGCGGCUCACCAGCAAUGCUUUCCCCACUAUGGACAGGCGGCGACGCAACAGCAGCACCAGCAACAUGGCCACGGCAUGACUCCGACCUCCGGCCAGUCCCAGUUGAGUGCCCGCCAGCUCCACGGAGCGGCAGGAUCGCAGCUCUACACGCCCGGCAGCAGCUCGGGCGGAGGCAGUGCGUCCGCCUACACGUCGCACAGUGCCGAGACGCCGACGCUGAGCAAUGGCACCCCCUCGCCCCACUACCAGCACCAUCACCAUUUGGGCGGAUCCCAUGGACACCAUGUGACGGCAGCGGCCCAUCAUCACUUGCAUGCCGCCGCAGCUGCCGCCGCGUAUGGAGUGAAAACGGAGACGAGUGCCACCAACUAUGACUAUGUGAACAAUUGCUACUUUGGUGGCACCUUCGGGGCGUUGGGAGGAGCUGCGUCCACGGCGGCCAUGGCGGGCGGAGCGGCCAGUGAGUUGGCUGGCUACCAUCACCAGCACAACGUCAUCCAGGCGGCCAAGCUGAUGGCGACCUCGUAAUCCCUAAGCACUGGACAUUGGACACUGGACACUGGACAUUGGACACUGGCUCUGUGAUGUGAUCUCCCUCCUCCUCACCAAUUGCACCUUAGCUUGAAGCCUUAGUUGGAAUCAUUGCAUUGAAAAGACUUUAGACAUUAGUCCCACUCGACCCUGCUCGUAUUUCCAUUUCAAUCAAGUUUCUCAAAUUCAUAAUGGCGUUAAAAUUCAAAAAUCCGAUAUUUUAACAAUUAUGAUUUCGGCAAAAUUUAGUGGAAAUUGGAAACUCAAACAGUGGUUGUUUCUAGGUUAAAAUCUGCUGAAUGGCACUUAGUUUCUAUGUCGUGUAAAUAACUAAUAGCAAUUUUUGUUGUACAAAUAUACGUUUAUAUAUGUGUGCUUAACUAUGGAGUUAUAUAUAUGUGUACAGAUAUUGUUUAUCGCUUCGUUUAUAAUUCAGUUCGAUGUAGUUCUUUAUCAUAACUCUUGUUCAACUAGCUUAAAUAUUAUAUGUGUAAACCGCACUUCCCCCACUCACCCUCUUCAUAGAACAUUUAGCUUUAGGCGUACGCAUUAGUAUAGUAUUAUUAUAACUCUGCUCCUUUAAACAUGAACUCUAAAUAAAGAUUGUAUUCAAA